UUUGGGUAGUGACGAUAACAAGACGAAGUCCCUGUCGCGAGAGAGAGAUAUAGCACUGUCUCGACACUCGUCACAAGUGGUCCAUCGCUUCGAAACAAGACCUGCUGAUUUCAAACCACCAAUGCACUUGUAGUUUCCUCCAUUGACGCAUGUGACGAAAACUGCAAUGGCUGUACGGGUGUCUCAGGGAAUGUUUCUCAUCGCUUGACAUUAUUACCCUCGCUGAGCCUGCUGUAAGGGGUCAUGCGCAGUGGAGCGAUAACUGGGCAACGUCAUCAAUAUAGAGGGAGGGAGUCUGGCGAAGUUGAUUCUGACGUCGUCGCCGCUCAGGCACUACAUGCUGGUGAUGCAACUCGUCAAAAGUGUUCUCUCGCGCCAAGAUGGCUCAAGUCUGCGUCAACGACGGGAAAGCCUCACCGGACCGACCUGCUGCAUGUCCCAAUGACGCACUGUCAUUUUCAAGCUACCCUCGAUCGAUGCGAGUACAUCAUCGCCAGAGCACUACAAUGCUCAAGUCCAUGCAAAAUCGAGCGAUACCUAGGAUCUUGCGCUCUCAGAGAACAGAGUGCGACUGCACAGUACAAGCUCACAAAGAGCCUGUGGAGUGCAAUAAGACGACGCGGACAUCGUGGAGCAAGAGCCAAGAUCGAAGCAUUCGAGCCCAAGUAUCCCAUUUUCACAUGUCCAUGGUCAAGAACGGCACAUCAUGGACUUGUUCAACGACCUGAGAAGCGUUGACAGAUCACAACCGCGACCGCUUAGACUUCCCAACCUUCAAGGGACGCAAGCGUUGAGACCUCGACGAGCAUGACCAGCAGGAAACCCCUUAAAUUUCAAGCUCGUGAUACGAGCCGAA